ACCAACUCCACGCAGCGUAGCUAUUGUGCUCAGACAAGCAUCUACACCAACUAAUAUGUCUCACGGACCAGCUACAGUCAGAGACGUCAUGGAUCUCCUAGAUGACAGAAGGGUUCGAAGUGUUCGACCAUUGAUUCCCCCCCAGAUCUUGCAUGAGGAACUUCCCUUGACGCUCAAAGGUGCUCAGACAGUGUUGGACGGUCGAAGACAGGUCGAAGCUGUCGUCAAGGGAGAUGAUGACAGGCUCUUGGUCAUUGUUGGACCUUGCUCGGUGCAUGAUCCUGAGCAGGCCAUCACGUACGCUAAGAAACUGAGAGAGUAUGCAGAAGAGGCCAAGGAGGAUCUGAUGAUUGUCAUGCGAGUCUACUUCGAGAAGCCCCGGACAACGGUCGGGUGGAAGGGUCUGAUCAAUGAUCCCGAUAUGAACGGCUCUUUCCAGAUCAACCGAGGUCUCAAGAUCGCUCGAAAGUUGCUAUUGGACUUGACCGAGAUGGGUCUGCCUGCUGCUGGAGAGUUCCUCGAUGUCAUCUCCCCACAGUACCUGGCCGACUUGAGCUCCUGGGGAGCUAUUGGAGCGCGAACGACCGAGUCACAAGUCCAUAGAGAGCUCGCUAGUGCUUUGUCCAUGAGCGUGGGAUUCAAGAACGGAACGGACGGAUCCAUUGAUAUUGCUGUGGACGCCAUCAAGGCCGCGGGCUCAGGUCACACCUUCUUGUCCGUCACGAAGCAGGGCCUGUCAGCCAUUGUCGAGACGGAAGGCAACAACUCGACCCAUGUCAUCUUGCGUGGAUCUAGCAAGGGACCGAAUUACGAAGAGGAAUACGUGUUGGCCGCUGCGGAGAAGCUGAAAAAGGCCGGUCUUCCGACAAAGUUGAUGAUCGAUUGUUCGCACGGAAACUCUUCCAAGCAACAUAUCAAGCAGCUGGAAGUUGGCAAGAGCAUUGCUUCUCAACUCGCUUCUGGAGCCACUUCUCAGAUGAUCUGCGGCGUCAUGAUCGAGUCAAAUAUCAACGAAGGCAAGCAGGCCAUUCCUCCUGAGGGACCGGCGGGAUUGAAAUACGGUGUAUCCAUUACCGACGCUUGCAUCUCCCUGGAACAGACCAUACCGUUGUUGGACGAGCUGAGAGAGGGGGUCAGGGCUAGGAGAGAAGGUGUCAAGAGUAAGCGAGUGAAUGGAGAUUAGAUGGAUCGAGACGGAUACUAGACACAUCUUUAGAAGAUUUGAUGAGAUAUGACUGUUUGCCUUUUGCCUUCGAUUAUCAGAAUGGCGUCAGCCACAUCUGACUGCGUUCGUUUCGACCUUCCAGCCUUUGUGAUCGUCUCAAUUACAAUGGAAUCCACGUGCG